CGAGGCCAGCGUGGCGGAACUUCAGGCUGGGAUGGAGGCGGGGAAUUUCACGAGCGUGAAUCUGAUUACGGCGUACUUCAAGCGGAUCGAUGAAGUCAAUCUGCAAGGCGCAACUCUCCGCGCCGUUAUUGAGACAAAUCCUACCGCAUUAUUUGAAGCUCAAGUUCUGGACGAGGAGCGUUCCUUCUUUGGCCCUCGAGGACCGCUACAUGGCAUUCCAGUCUUGCUCAAGGAUAAUAUCGGCACUAUCGCAAGCGAAGGUUUGAAUACAACUGCGGGAUCAUUCAGCCUUCUGGGAUCUGUCGUCCCACGAGAUGCUGGUGUAGUCACGAGGUUACGGAAGGCCGGUGCCGUUAUUCUUGGCAAAGCGAAUCUAUCCGAAUUCGCGCACUUCAGGGGUAAUCUGGCAUCAGGCUGGUCCGGACGAGGGGGACAAUGUAGCGGUGCCUAUUUCCCCGCCAUCGACCCUUGCGGCUCUUCUUCUGGUUCCGGUGUGGCAGCGAGCAUUGGAUUGGCCGCUGUUACUCUAGGUUCUGAGACGGACGGCAGCAUUACUUGCCCGGCUAGCCAUAACAACGCUGCAGGCAUCAAGCCUACUGUCGGACUAACCUCAAGAAGCCAGGUUGUGCCCAUCAGCUCCCACCAGGAUACCGUUGGUCCUAUCACAAGGUCGAUAGCGGAUGCUGCGGCCGUGCUUAGCGUGAUCGCCGGCAAAGACCCUCUGGACAACUUCACGCUCGCUCAACCGGAUCCCGUGCCUGACUACACGAAAGCGCUGAACAAAUCGGCUCUGGCAGGCGCCCGUAUCGGUGUGCCUCGGACCGCAUUCUUGCGCAAUGUGGACAGUGUGCAGAUGGCGGCUUUUAACCAGUCGCUGAAAACCAUGGCAGCACUUGGUGCUACGAUCGUCGAUCCCGCUGAUCUACCUAGUGCCAACGAAAUUAGGGCAUCCGAUAACGAGACCGAAGUGCUCGAUGUUGAUUUCAAGAUUGAGUUGAACCGGUAUUAUGAAGGCCUUCUUGAAAACCCUUCUGGAGUUCGGUCGCUCGCCGAUCUCAUUGCAUUUAAUGACGCCAACCCAGAAUUAGAAGAGCCCGAGGGUUUCACGAGCCAAUCGACCUUAAUCGAGGCCGAGGCCACAACUGGCAUGAACACCGCCUAUUUCGCCGCCCUUGCAGCCGACAAGGAUCUAGGUGCGACUAGAGGGAUAGACGCGGCGCUGAAGCAAUUUAACCUUGAUGCACUCGUGUUGCCGGCUUCCGUCUCGACCACACCGGCAGCGAUCGCAGGCUAUCCUAUUGUAACCGUACCCUUGGGUUUCUACCCAGAAGGCACUCCCGUCGUCAACGGAUCCGCAGGCCCACUGACCGUGUACCCGACUCCAUCCGCACCUUUUGGUCUAUCGUUCUUCAGCACGGCCUUCAGCGAGUUCAAGCUCAUCGGCUUGGCAUAUGCGUACGAGCAAGCAACAUUGACGAGGUUGAACGGUCCCAAGCCAUUCGCUGCCGCAAUUCCGCUCACGCAGCUUGGCGACGUCGUACAGUGAGGCAUGACUGAGAUCUAGGAGUAACAAAACCCCGGUGAUGCAGGGGACCUAUCCGUGCCGCAUGUUUGAGUGACUGUGUCAUUAAAUAUGG